AAUUUUAAUUUCUUGGUGUUGGCAAUUGGGGUAGUUGUCAAAUGAACACGUCAGCUGUUUAUCGCGAAAUUUUCAAAAAAAAUCACUCUCUUAAAACAAGACAACACUUAUAUCAUCCCCUUGUGUCAAAUUCGCCCCACAAUGACUACACUACGUCAAAAACAAAUCAAUGCUCUCAAACAAAUGUUAAAUUUGAACCAACCCCAAAGUAAAUUAACCGCUUCGGAACCAAAGUGGAAAGUAUUAGUAUACGAUAAUGUAGGACAGGACAUUAUUUCGGUAUUAAUAUCAGUCAAGGAAUUGAGAGAAUUAGGAGUAACAUUAUUUGUUCAGUUGCACUCAGAUCGUGACCCUAUACCUGAAGUUCCCGCAGUUUAUUUUUGUGCCCCCACUGAGGAAAAUCUGGGACGGAUAGCGCAAGAUUUUCAGAAAGGGGUCUAUGAUAUCUAUCAUUUAAAUUUCAUUUCUGCCAUUUCACGACAAAAAUUGGAAGAUCUUGCCUCGGCAGCCUUGCAAGCUAACUGCGUGGCCAACAUACACAAAGUUUAUGAUCAAUACGUUAAUUUUAUUUCGCUAGAUGAUGACAUGUUUAUCCUAAAAAACCAAAACAGUGACGCCCUAUCAUAUUACGCGAUUAAUCGUGGAGACACCAAAGACACAGAAAUGGACGAAAUCAUGGACAAAAUAGUCGACUGUUUGUUCUCCGUUUUCGUCACUUUAGGUACAGUCCCGAUCAUCCGUAGCCCUAAAGGGAACGCCGCUGAAAUGGUCGCGAGAAAAUUAGACAAAAAACUCCGCGAAAAUUUGGCCGACGCAAGGAAUAAUUUGCUUCAUUCGGAUGCCCAAGCUGGAAAUUUUAAUUUCCAAAGACCCCUUUUAAUCGUAUUGGACCGAAAUGUCGAUAUGGCCACACCUCUACACCACACUUGGACUUAUCAAGCCCUAGCACACGAUUUACUCAACCUAAACCUGAAUCGUGUCGUUAUAGAAGAAAGUGUUCCAAGUGGAGGGGUGCGCUCGAAAAAUCGGAUUUGCGAAUUGGACACGAAGGACAAAUUUUGGUCAACACAUAAAGGUUCGCCAUUUCCCACAGUCGCCGAAGCUAUCCAGGAAGAGUUAGAACAGUACAAAUCAUCGGAAGAGGAAGUGAAAAAAUUGAAAAGUUCGAUGGGGAUUGAUGGAGACAGCGACAUCGCCCUGUCUUUAGUUUCAGAUAAUACGGCAAAAAUUACGUCAGCAGUAAAUUCACUUCCGCAACUUUUAGAGAAGAAACGGUUAAUUGACAUGCAUACAACACUCGCGACAGCACUUCUCAAUGGAAUUAAAUCGCGGAAAUUGGAUAAUUUCUUCGAAUUGGAAGAAAAAAUCAUGAGUAAAACUCAAGCGUUGGAAAAAACAAUCUUUGACUUAAUCGUGGACCCGGAAACGGGAAUCCCAGAGGACAAGAUUAGGCUUUUUAUCAUUUUUUAUAUUUGUAGCCCGCAUAUGAGUGAGAGUGAGUUGAAACGGUAUGAGACGGCCUUAGCAGAGGCCGGCUGUGACUUAUCACCGAUUCAUUACAUAAAACGAUGGAAGAGUUACGCAAAAAUGGCCUCCGGUUCCAACCAAUACGAAGGCGCCGGUACGAAAACAGUCAACAUGUUCUCAAAAUUGGUCUCCCAUGGCUCUAAUUUCGUGAUGGAGGGAGUGAAAAAUUUAGUAAUUAAGCGACAUAAUUUACCAGUGACGCGUAUUGUGGAUCACUUAAUGGAGUUCAAAAACAGUCCGGAAAUGGACGAGUACCACUACCUUGACCCCAAACAGUUAAAAGUGACGGAAAUCCCACGUAACCGUUCGCCAUUCCAAGACGCCAUCGUUUUUGUUGUCGGUGGGGGCAAUUAUAUUGAAUAUCAGAAUUUAGUGGACUAUGCUAAACAAAAAACUGCGGCGGGGAGCACCAAACGGAUAACCUACGGGUCGUCCACGCUCGCCAAUGCACAACAAUUUUUAAAGCAACUUUCUUUGUUAGGGCAGGAAAUUGUGUAAUUUUAUAUAUUAAAAUAUUGUUGUUA